AUGAUCAGAAAGGCUGACCUGGAGCACAUGUUCCGCAAGCCAGCCCCUAUAGCACACCCGAACCAGUACCCGCCGCCGCCGCAGCAGCACCACAACAAUGCCCAAAUGAUCCAGCAGCAGAGCGCCGAACAGGCGAAGCGCGACCGCUUGCGCCGCAUGGCCAAGACGCCCACUAACAAAAAUGUGCCCGAGGGCGUCGAGGACAUCUGCAUUGGUGACGGCGUCGCCCGCUACAAGGAGCUGCGCGAGGUCGAGCGCACGCUCGACGCUACUAUGAUGCGCAAAAAGCUCGAGGCCUCCGACUCGGUCUACCACUCGCGCAGCGGUCGCACCGGCACCGUGCGCAUUUGGAUAUCCAAUACCGCCGAAAACCAGCCCUGGCAGAGCAGCGGCAUGGACGCCGAUGCCUUCGAUUUCGAGAGCGACACGAAUGCGACGUACCGCGUAAAAAUCCAGGGCCGCCUGCUCGACGAAGGCAGCGACGAGGGCCUCGAAGAGGAGGAGGACGAGAAAGACCCGGAUGUCAUGGAGGAGGACGGCGCAGAGGGCGAGAAGAAGGAUGACUCGGCGCAAAAAACUAAGCCCUUCUCCCAAUUCUUCACAUCCGUGACCAUUGACUUCGAUCGCGCCAAGAGUCUGCAGCCGGACAACUUCACGCAGAUUGAGUGGAAGCGGCCAGAGGGUGCCCAGCCGCAGGACAAUCCGUUCAGCCAGAUCGAAUUCGAGCGCAAGGGUGACGAGAACAUCAAUAUCACUAUCAAUCUCCAGCGCCACCAAAAUCCUGAGAUCUUCCGCCUGAGCAAACCGAUGGCGGAGCUUUUGGACACAGACGAGGAGGACCGCGCUGGCAUACUGAUGGGCGUUUGGGAAUACGCGCGCUCUCAAAACCUACAACAAGACGAUGACGAGCGCAAGUUUGCCUGCGACUCCAAGCUCAAAGCCCUCUUCAAUGGCGCAGACUCCUUCUACUUCCCCAGCCUCCCGCAGCUCAUCAAGCCGCAUCUCACGACCCUUCCUCCCGUCCAGCUCCAGUACACCAUUCGCGUCGACAAGGAGUACCUACAACCAUCUCCCGAAUCCGGCAAGCAGCCCUCCGAGCCUACCAUCUACGACGUACAGGUCGCACUUGACGACCCUCUCCAACCGCUACUCCACAGCAUUCUCCGCUCAAAGCAGAGUACAGAGACGCUCCAGCAGAUCCACAGCAUCGACGACCAAAUCGUGCUUCUCAUGAGCGCUCUCAGUAGAUCGAAGGCCAAGCACGCUUUCUAUACCAGCAUGGCCACGGAUCCUGUCGCAUUUGUUAAGCGCUGGUUCUCGUCGCAGAAGCGCGAUCUAGAGGUCAUCAUGGGAGAUGCAGCUCGUGGUGGAGGUGAAGAUGCUUCGGGCGAGGAGUGGAAGCGUGGAGGGGCGGAGAGCGUAUGGGGAAGCGAGACGGCGAGGGAGAGCGUUGCGUUGUGGUUGGCACGCCAGAGCAUUCCGAAAGCGCAUUAG